AGAUGACGGUCUUGACCAAUUAAAUAUAAGUCAAGACGUCGCAGCAUGAUAGUUAAUGGACCCGAGGAACAGUGGGAGUUUGGCUCAUUGACGAUACUUUUGGAGUGAAUCGUAAGUUUGGAGGGGUACGGUUGAAUUGCUACCUUAGGAUAAAGAAUAUGGUUCCAUGCAAUAUAAGCUUUGGAAGGACUGAUUUAAUCUUUUAUAAGCAAACGAGAAGCGAGAAAAGAAGACUAGUGAUGAAGUAGGAAGGAAAUGGAUUUGGACGACAACUCCAGGAAUCUUGUUCAAGCUUUGACAAAUGGUGAUCCCGAGAAGAUUUCAACAUCUAGAUUUUCUUCUCUUUUGGCUUCUAAAGAUCGUGAUUAUCUUCUAUCCUCAACUACUCAAGAUGACCAGCAGGUGAAAAUUUCGGAUCUUGAGGGCAAGGCGAUUGGACUUUACUUCUCAGCUAACUGGUAUCCACCAUGUAGAAAUUUCAAUAAAGUAUUGAUUGGCGUGUAUGAGCAGCUGAAGAGCAAUGGGUCUAAUUUUGAGAUUGUAUUUGUGUCAUCUGAUGAAGAUUUGAGUGCCUUCAACAGUUACCGAGAAAGCAUGCCAUGGCUUUCAAUUCCAUUUUCUGAUUUGGAGACAAAGAAAGCCUUGAAUCGAAAAUUUGAAGUUGAAGGCAUUCCUUACUUAAUCAUUUUGCAGCCUGAUGGUUCAACUUUACAUGACGGCGUAGAACUAAUUUACAGAUAUGGUAUUGAAGCCUUCCCAUUUACUGAAGAAAAAUUGGAAGAACUGCGAAGGGAAGAGAGGAUGAAGCAUGAGAGUCAGACCUUGACCAAUUUAUUAAUAAACCCUGGAAGAGACUAUCUUUUGGAUCAAACCAUGACUAGAAAGGUUUGCUACCUGAGUAGCCCCGCUUGUAGAUCAUUUUGUCCUUUUACCCUUACAUUUGCAAGGUAUCCGCACCCAACAAUUGGAUUCCCAUUCACAUCUGAGGUGCCAGUUGAUUCGCUGAUAGGUAAGACAGUUGGGCUCUACUUCUCAGCACAAUGGUGCUUUCCAUGUGCUAAGUUCACUCCCAAACUGAUAUCCAUCUACCACAAAAUCAAGCAAAGUUUGGAAGGAAAAGGUGGCGGUGAGGAUUUCGAAAUAGUUUUUGUGUCGAAUGAUCGUGACCAAAGUAGCUUUGACUCCUACUACGGUACCAUGCCAUGGCUAGCGUUGCCUUUUGGAGAACCAAUAAUUAGAACCCUUGCAAAGUACUUCGACGUGCAAGGCAUUCCAUGUUUGAUAAUCAUAGAUCCCGACGGCAAAACAGUGACCAAGCAAGGUAGAAAUCUCAUAAAUCUGUACCAGGAAAAUGCAUACCCUUUCACUUGUGCAAAACUGGAGUUGCUGGAGAAAGAAAUGGAGGAAGAAGCCAAGAGAUUACCCAGAUCUAAUUAUCAUGCAGGUCACCGCCAUGAGCUUACUUUGGUAUCGGAAGGGAAUGGAGGGGGGCCGUUUAUAUGCUGCGAUUGUGAUGAGCAAGGGUCUGGUUGGGCUUACCAGUGUCUGGGGUGUGGCUACGAGGUGCACCCAAGAUGCAUGAGAGCUGUUGACCCUGCAACUGCUGCCUCAGUUCAACACACCUGAUCUUUCAUAUAGGCUAAAAUGUUGCUAAUUCAGCUUUCAUAUAUGAUAUUGUAGCUAAUGCCAUGAAGAUCACAUUUAAGAGUAACAUCAUAAUCCUUUAUAACUGAUCAAUAAAUAUAUUGUCGACUCAGUUUGCAGGUA